AUGAGUGAUUAUUCUUCUAUGGCUACGCUUCAAAACAAUAGCCAAACGGCGGGAUUUGCGGCUGCUGUACAACGUGCUAGAUUGGUUGCCGCCAAAAUUGAAGGUGGUGGCAGUAAGAGACCAUUGGAAGAAGGACCUGAACCAAGUGCUAAGAAACUAGCGCCUAUCGAGUCUUCAUAUCCACCUCAACAACCACCACAACAAGCCAUGAGUGCAACACCGGCGCGCAUCUCGAAUGCUUCGGCACCUCCCGCGCCGCCCGCUGCGCCACCAAACAUGAUGCCUGAUCAGGCUAUAAAUGAGUAUAUUAGGGUGCCUGAUAAGAUGGUUGGACUUAUAAUCGGUCGCGGCGGUGAACAGAUAACGCGUUUGCAAGCCGAGUCAGGUUGUAAGAUACAAAUGGCGCCAGAUUCUGGCGGCCAGCCUGACCGUUUGUGUACGCUCACCGGCUCGCGAGAGGCUAUCACUAGAGCCAGGGAACUAGUGAACCAGAUAGUGAACCAUCGCGGUCGUGAGAAUGCCCCUCAGCAUCAAGACAACCCUGGUGGUGGUGGCGGCGGCGGUGGUGGUGGCGGUAUGCCGCCCAUGAAUAGAAGUGGCAUGUCUAUUACGGAACAAAUCAUGCUACCUGGACCUAAAGUGGGUUUGAUCAUUGGUAAGAAUGGUAAAACCAUCAAGCAGUUGCAAGAGCAGUCUGGCGCCAAAAUGGUUGUCAUCCAAGAUGGGCCCAAUACAGAAUAUGAGAAACCUCUCCGGAUAUCUGGAGAUCAGUCCAAGGUAGAGCAUGCAAAGCAGCUGGUGUACGAGUUGCUCGCCGACAAAGAUGUGCAGCAAGGUGGUCAGAGACCAUACGACGAUGGAUAUUCACAAGAGCAAGGAAAUGGACUUGCCACAAAUUCUACUGAGGUACUAGUACCAAAAGUAGCAGUGGGUGUUGUGAUUGGACGCGGCGGGGAUAUGAUCAAGAAGAUCCAAGCUGAGACCGGCUGCAGGGUGCAGUUCCACCAGGAGAGAGACGAUGGACCUGGAGACAAGAGGUGUUAUUUACAAGGGAAGCCUCAUCAAGUAGACCAGGCCAGACAAAUGAUUGAAGAUUUAAUUGCCAGUGUUAAUAUGGCAAUACGUUCAGGACGCGGGCGCGGUGGUCCCGGCGGGCCGCAGCGCAACGGCAGCGAGCGCGACUUCCAGCAGUGGCCCGAGCAGCAGGGGCAGGAGAUACGAGUUACUUUCACCGUGUCUAAUGUUAAAUGUGGACUUAUUAUUGGACGGGGUGGUGAAGUGAUAAAACAGAUCAACGCACAGUCCGGCGCCCACUGCGAGCUAGACCGGCGUGCGCAGAACAACGACCGCAACAACCGCACCUUCUACAUCCGUGGACACCCCGAGGCGGUGGAACACUGCAAGCGGAUCAUCAUGGAGAAAGUCAGCAUGCCGGUGAACUUCAUCCCCGACAACGGUAGCGGUGGCGGUGGUGGUGGUAACGGCGGUAACGGUAACAACGGUAACAAUGGAAAUGGCGGGGACUACUACGGUGGCGGAGGCCCGGCACCCGGCCCGCCGGCCUGGGGCUACAACCCGCACUGGCACCAUCAACAGCAACAUCAGCCGCAGCAACAAGUCCAAAUAAACCCAGCAACUGGUCAACCAGACUAUUCCCAGCAGUGGAUAGAUUACUACCGUUCUUUGGGCCUCAUGAGGGAAGCGGAGGCUGUUGAGCAACAGGCCAAGCAACAGCAACAACAAGCAUCCGGCGGCGCGCCCAGCACGCCCACGCCGGCCGCGCCCGCCGCCGCGCCCGCGUCGCCCGCGCCCGCCGCCGACUAUAGCGCGCAGUGGGCCGAGUACUACCGCAGCAUCGGCAAGAUGAAGGAGGCAGAGGCUAUCGAGGCGCAGAUCAAGUUGAAGCAACAACAGCCACAACAACCGGCCAGCGUCCCGCCCCAGCCGACCCCUCAGGCAACGCCCCCCAACCCCACGCCCCCGACGUCCGCCAACAGCGCUCCUCAAUACGGCCACACCAGAACACUCUCAACACCAACAUCAGUAAAUAGGCCGGCCGGACCGCCCGCGACACCCAGAAGAUACCUCUCCAAUAUAGAUAUAAAAUAUAUUGUA